AGCAGAUAAAUUACCAAAUAAAGAGAUCGAUCAUGUUGAUUUUGUUUUCAUACUUAUUGACAUGACACAACCUGCUAGUUUAGAUCUAUUAAAACAGAUCUUGGAAAAUAUUAAUAUAAGUUACUUGGCAAGUAAAACAGCUAUUGUAGUAACAAAAAUGGAUGUUCCAAGGCUAUGGCAGAUAGAAAUAGAGUCAAUACAAAAAAUGAUUGGUGCUAAUAUGGAUUUGCAUAUAUUUUACGCUAAUUUAAAUGUAACAAUUUUUUUUUCCCACUUCCCUCCCCCCCCCAUCUUAAAAAAAAUUAUUUUACUCCCCUCCCCCCAAAAAAAAAUUAUUGACUCUCUUUUUAUAAAAUCAUAGAAUCAUAUUGAAAAGUUGAGGGUUUGUAAUCAAUUAUCAAGACUAGUUCAAGCAAGUACUUUACAGUAUAAAAACUUAAAUUUAACUUUGUUGAAAGCAAUUCAAGUUUAUGAUAUCGAUUAUGAAGAAGAAGAAACAGAGGUGCCACCAGUUACGGUGGAAGACAUUUAAUAUAGUGUAAAUCGUCGAUCUAAUAAACUGAAUAAAAAAUCGAGCCAAUCAAAUCAAAUCAAAUAUUACAUAGUAAAGGUUCAUGUUAUAGAUGUAUUUUUUGUUUUGUUUUUUGUUUUGUUUUUUUUUCUUUAUGUUCUUAUAACAAAAAGGGACAUGCAAAAGUUUAACAGUUAUGAG